UCCUCAUCUCCAAAAGGUGACUUUUUUUCAUAAGGUAGAAAACAAACUUAUUAGGAUAAUAGCGACUUAACAUUCAUAUCAAAAUUCAAUUGAUAAUAAUGUCUACCUAAACAAAAGAUAGAUGGGCCGGGCUUAAAUUAGAAUUCGGACCGACUGAAUAGGAAUAUAAAACUUGGAUAUAAUGGGCUUGGGCCAUGCCGCCUCCAGAGAAAAGAAUAACAUCUUUGAGAUCUUCCUUCAGACUAAAUUAGGGUUUUCCAAACUCUUCACUCUUAUCAUCUUCCUCUUCCUUCUGAUUGUUACUGAAAACCCUAGCAAAAAAAAGCUUGAUUUCUGAUAGUUAAACAUGGUGGGUUUCGAAGUCGGAGCAGUUCCAUUCAAUUCGGACGGUUGGGGCCCCCCUGAUGCCACCGGAACGCUUAAUCUCUCCGUCCCAAACCACCCAUCUAAUGUUCCAUUUGCUCCAUUUUCCCGGUCGGAGAAGCUGGGUAGGAUUGCCGACUGGACCCGUAAUCUCUCAAGUCACAACAGACCCGGAUCUAAUCAUGCCAACAAGAAUCCUGUGGAUUCGGCCUUCGAUUUCUCCGGCGACGAUUCCUUCGCCACAUUAGCCGCCGACGAGGACAACACUUUCAUUCUCGUGGACAGCGUCCCGGCCAAAUCGGGCAGCAAUCCUAACCGCCCUAAGUUCAAUCCCCGGUGGCGUUCCAACUUUCACAACCAGCGUUCGCAGCUCCCCCAGCGUCGUGACGAAGAAGUCGAAGCAAAGAAACGCGAAGCCGAAAAGGAACGCGCCCGCCGUGACCGCCUUUACAACCAAAAUCGUUCAUCCACAAAUGCAGGAGCUCGCCGCGAGUCCUCUGUCUUCAAAUCUUCCGUUGAUAUUCAACCCGAAUGGAACAUGCUUGACCAGAUUCCAUUCUCGACUUUCUCCAAGCUCUCCUUCUCCGUCCCUGAGCCGGAAGACCUUCUUAUCUGCGGUGGCCUUGAGUUUUAUGACCGCGCUUAUGAUCGAGUCACUCCUAGGAAUGAAAAGCGUUUGGAGCGUUUUAAGAACCGCAACUUCUUCAAAGUUACAACUACCGAUGACCCUGUCAUCCGCCGACUUGCCAAUGAGGAUAAAGCUACGGUGUUUGCUACGGACACUAUUUUGUCUACUCUAAUGUGUGCCCCCAGGUCAGUUUACUCGUGGGAUAUUGUUAUUCAACGUGUUGGCAACAAGUUGUUUUUUGAUAAGCGUGAUGGGUCACAGUUGGAUUUGUUAUCUGUACAUGAAACUUCUCAAGAGCCCUUGCCUGAUGUUAAGGAUGAUAUAAACUCUGCUUACUCAUUGAGUGUUGAGGCAGCAUAUAUAAACCAGAACUUCUCGCAGCAGGUUCUUGUUAGGGAUGGUAAUAAGGUGACUUUUGAGGAGUCGAAUCCAUUUGCUACUGAAGGGGAAGAAGUGGCCUCUGUGGCGUAUAGGUAUAGAAGGUGGAAAUUGGAUGAUGACAUGUAUUUGGUGGCUCGGUGUGAGGUGCAGAGUGUUGUGGAGGUGAAUAAUCAGAGGUCAUUUUUAACUUUGAAUGCCUUGAAUGAGUUUGAUCCUAAGUACUCUGGUGUUGAUUGGCGGCAGAAGUUGGAAACUCAGAGGGGUGCUGUUUUGGCUACUGAGUUGAAGAACAAUGCCAAUAAGCUGGCUAAGUGGACUGCUCAGUCCCUUUUGGCUAGUGCUGAUAUGAUGAAACUGGGGUAUGUUUCAAGAGUGCAUCCCAGGGAUCAUUUUAACCAUGUCAUAUUGGCUGUUGUUGGGUAUAAGCCCAAAGAUUUUGCUGGACAGAUCAAUUUGAAUACUUCUAAUAUGUGGGGUAUUGUGAAGAGUAUUGUGGACUUGUGUAUGAAGUUAAAUGAAGGGAAGUAUGUGCUUGUUAAGGACCCAACCAAGCCCCAAGUGAGAAUCUACGAGGUUCCACCUGAUGCAUUUGAGAAUGAUUAUGUUGAGGAGCCUUUGCCGGAGGAUGAACAGGUGCAGCCACCCACUGAAGAUGCUGAAGCACUGGAUGAUAAUGCAGUGACUAAGGAAGCGGAGGACAAAGAGCCCAAUGCUGAACCAAUAGCAGCUUAAAUGGAUUUUAUUGUGUGAAAACAGUGAUAGUGAGGUAGCCUGCAGCUGUCAUUCUAGGAGAUGACGGCUGUUUUACGUUUCAAGGUCACACAGUGUUGGUUCCCCCAGAUAUAAAGGUGCUGCAUUGUUGAGCGUUGAAGGGAUACACGUUCUACUUGGUAAUGGUUUUUUAGUUACACAAUUUUGAUGUUUUGGCAAGUAUUAUGGGUAUUCGUACAUUACUGCUAGAAAGUAAUACACUAGUUGUGGUAAGGACCAGUUUGUUGUGACGUUUUGGGAGUUUCUUUGGUAUGGAAUUUGUUUGAAACAUAGGAUGUUAUGUUUUAUAAAAUUUGUUCUUUCAAAGUGUCAUUCUGUUCUACUUUCGUCUCCAUUUUGCUGUCAUGCUUGGUUUUGAACUUUCUGUUUUAAUUGUGAGUACUUUAUCAAUGCAAAAUAGUAACCAUUGAAAUCAACUCUAUCAACCGGGAGAUCGCAGAU